AUGUCUGCCACAAGUACGAUAUGCUUUUCUAUAAAAUUCGUUCUUCGUGCUUUCGGUGUUUGGCCCGACGUCUCGUUUACCGCUUUGCGCAGAUUGUUUUGGUCCGCGACGUUAAUUAUCGUACAAAUCUGUCAGUAUGCUUACAUCGUCCUGCACUACCGCACCGAUGAACUAAUGGAUUUGAUGGACAAUCUGAGCAGCUCUUUGGCAUACAGUCUGUUGCUCUUCAAACUGAUUAUCUUCUGGACCCAUCAACGAAAGUUUCGUAGUAUCUUGACGAUGAUCGCCGCGGAUUGGAAAGAAUGCGCGGGAGAUUCAUUUAGUAUGCAUACGACAACGAACAUGGCUAAUCUGUCAUAUCGCGUUUCGAAUGCAAUUAUCGGCCUUCACAUGGCUGCUGUGGUGACCUACAGUCUCGGCGUAAUUCUGUCCAAUACGGCGGGUGAUAACUUUAAUAUAUCAACUGUUCCUGUUCGAGCGCUUAUCCUGAGGAUGGAAUUUCCCUUCGACAGCAACAGCUCACCCGUACACGAGCUCGUAAUGAUCGCGCAAUUUUUUCACUUGGUAACGCAAGCGUGUGCGAUCGAUGUGUUAAACGCUUUAAUCAUGACGUUGGUAUUUCAUAUUGGUGGCCAGAUCGAUAUCUUACGAGAACGGCUGAUGAAUGUUUUUUCUAAAAAGAGUAUGCAUACCUUAACCAAAAUUACAAUGAGUAAUUUAAUAGGGAAACAUCAGAAGAUUAUUCUAUAUAUAGAAAAUGUUGAGAAUCUUUAUUGUUACAUCGCGCUGAUGCAAUUUGUAUCGAAUACUUUGAUUAUUUGCUCCAUAGGAUUUGUUAUCGUUAUUUCAAUAAACAGUCCAGACCUUUCUACAAUAUUGGUGAAAACUCUGCUAUUUUACAUCGUCAUGAACCUCGAGGCGUUCAGUUUUUGCUUUGCCGGAGAAUACUUGAGUACAAAGGUUAGCAGUCAACAUAUCGCGGAUGCGGCGUAUGAAUCUCUUUGGUAUGAUGUGCAUGUAAAUGAGAGUCGAACGAUAUCGUUUCUGAUACUCAGAUCGCAAAAACGAUUAACAAUUACAAUCGGAAAGGUUAUGGAUCUGUCAUUGGAAUGCUUUACCAGUAUCGUGAAAGCGUCGGCAUCCUAUAUAUCUGUGCUGCUGGCCGUAUCCUGAAAAGAGAAUUAACUACGAUUAAUUCCAUGAAGAAUUGUAAACUUAAAUAUUUAUAAAUUAAUUAGGUAGCAUUUACAUUUAAUUCUACACAUUAUAUACUCUGUCAUUUUGUUCGUUACUUUCUAUAGCCAUUUAGAAUGUUUCAU